AACUAAUCACAUCGUAACUGUUUUUUCCGUUUCUCGUCUCUCUGUGCAUUUGGAGAUCUUGAAAGAAAGCAAACGUUCUUUCCUCGCAGAUAGCAAGAGUAGAGAAAGGAAUUUCAGAUCUCCUUCUGUCGCGCCCGCGCCAGAUCCGAUCUGUAGCGAUUCCGAUCCCAAAUGGCGACGAUGGAGAGCCUGAUAGGUCUGGUUAAUAGAAUUCAGAGAGCUUGCACUGUUCUCGGCGAUUAUGGCGGUGAGGGAAUGUCGCUUUGGGAAGCGCUCCCAUCCGUUGCUGUCGUCGGCGGGCAGAGCUCGGGGAAAUCGUCUGUCUUGGAGAGCAUUGUGGGGAGAGAUUUCUUGCCACGUGGAUCUGGUAUCGUUACAAGGAGGCCUUUGGUGUUGCAACUUCACAAGACAGAGGGGGGGCAGGAGUAUGCAGAGUUUCUUCAUGCGCCAAAGAAGAGACUUACUGAUUUUGCCUAUGUGCGGAAGGAGAUUCAAGAUGAAACUGACCGUAUAACUGGAAAAUCAAAAAACAUAUCGAACAUUCCAAUUCAUCUAAGCAUUUACUCUCCAAAUGUUGUGAACUUAACACUCAUAGAUCUACCUGGGCUGACAAAAGUUGCUAUAGAGGGACAGCCAGAGAGCAUUGUUGAAGAUAUUGAAAACAUGGUUCGGUCUUAUGUUGAAAAGCCGAAUUCCAUCAUAUUGGCCAUUUCUCCAGCUAAUCAAGAUAUUGCAACUUCAGAUGCUAUAAAGCUUGCACGUGAAGUCGAUCCUUCAGGUGAAAGAACAUUUGGAGUGUUAACAAAACUUGAUCUGAUGGACAAGGGCACCAAUGCUCAGGAUGUCCUUGAAGGAAAAGCAUACCGUCUGCAGCAUCCUUGGGUUGGAAUUGUCAACCGCUCACAAGCAGAUAUCAACAAGAAUGUUGACAUGAUUGCUGCUCGCCGAAGGGAGCGUGAAUACUUCCAAUCUAGUCCUGAUUAUGGACACUUGGCAAACAAAAUGGGUUCGGAGUAUCUUGCAAAACUUCUGUCAAAUCAUUUGGAGGCUGUAAUCAGGCAACGCAUACCGAGCAUUAUAGCUUUAAUUAAUAAAACAAUUGCUGACCUUGAAGCAGAGCUUGACCAUCUCGGCAGGCCUAUUGGAGUUGAUGCCGGGGCCCAGCUGUACACAAUUUUGGAUAUGUGCCGUGCAUUUGAUCGUGUAUUUAAAGAGCAUCUUGAUGGAGGACGAGCAGGUGGAGACCGGAUAUAUGGGGUUUUUGACAACCAGUUACCAGCUGCCCUUAGAAAGCUCCCAUUUGAUCGCCAUCUCUCUUUACAAAAUGUUCGCAAAGUUAUUUCAGAAGCUGAUGGCUACCAGCCCCAUUUGAUUGCACCAGAACAAGGAUACAGAAGGCUCAUUGACGGUUCUCUCGGCUUCUUUAAAGGCCCAGCUGAAGCCUCAGUUGAUGCUGUACACUUCAUCUUAAAGGAACUUGUCCGGAAGUCGAUUGCUGAAACACAAGAAUUGAAACGGUUUCCAACACUUCAAGCCGACAUAGCAGCUGCAGCUACAGAAGCCUUGGAGAGAUUCCGUGAAGAUAGCCGGAAGACUGUUCUUCGGCUGGUGGAGAUGGAGUCCAGUUACCUGACAGUUGAGUUCUUCCGGAAGCUUCCAUUAGAGGGCGAUAAAGCUGGAAAUUCAACAGCGCCAACAAUGGAUAGAUAUGCUGAUAACCACCUCAGGAGGAUUGGAUCCAAUGUGUCAUCUUAUGUUGGCAUGGUAUGCGAUACACUGAAGAAUUCAAUCCCCAAGGCCGUCGUUUACUGCCAAGUCCGAGAGGCGAAGCGGUCACUGCUCAACCAUUUUUAUGCUCAAGUUGGGGGUAGAGAGAAGAAGCAACUGGGAGCAAUGCUAGACGAGGACCCGGCACUGAUGGAGAAGAGGGAGGGCAUAGCUAAGCGGCUUGAGCUAUAUAAGUCAGCUCGGGAUGAGAUCGACUCUGUGGCUUGGAAAUGAAGAAAAAUGGGAUGCAUGCCGGCAUCCAACGUGUGCACUCAUGUGAACUCUCUAACACACAAAUACACACACGUAUGAACACGCUCCCAUUCCCAAUUAAUUGUUUAUUCUUUUUUGGAUCCAUGAGAAAAUAAUGCUGCAAGAGGUAGGUGUCUUUCAAAAACGCUGGGGAAUGUACAUUCAUUUUUUCAAACAUGAUGGCUAUUUCUGUAA